CAACAUGACUGCUUGGAAGAUGAUGGGUUUAUAAUUCUGUUGUUGCCAUCACACUGGGAGGAUUUGACAGCCUACAUUACGUGCUUGUCUGAUUGUAGUUGAUAUUCGGAGUAAAUUAGUCUUGUUGAGUCCACAUCCAACUUCUGCAAGUAUUUUUGUUCAAGGUGUACCAUAAUAAAUAAGGUACUACUAGUAAAUAACCCUAUCCUCUACAAUGAGGAUACGAAGAGUUGUGAAGACGGUGUUGAGUGUGGAGCAGGUAGAAGGUGUGGGAGCCCAUGUCCGCAGAAGCAUAGGAAGAAAGGAGUUGAUUAACCUGGAUCCUUUCUUGAUGUUGGAUGAGUUCAAAGUCAAAAAGCCAUCUGGCUUCCCUGAUCACCCCCACAGAGGCUUUGAGACCGUGACCUACGUUUUGAAAGGCGUUUCAGCCCAUGAGGAUUUCUGUGGCCACUCUGGACUACUGAAACCAGGGGAUUUACAGUGGAUGACGGCAGGCCGAGGGGUGGUCCAUGCAGAGAUGCCCGUGUCUGAGGAGCCCGUCCAGGGCCUGCAGCUGUGGGUCAACCUGAGGAGGGAGGACAAGAUGGUGGAGCCCCAGUACCAGGAGCUGAAGGACAGCCAGGUCCCCAAGCCCAGCAGGGAGGGGGUCACUGUGGCCGUCAUCUCUGGACAGGCCCUGGGGGUACAGUCAAAAAUCUUCACCAGAACUCCAACACUGUAUCUGGACUUCAAGCUGGAUGGAGGAGCCAAGCAUGUACAGCCAGUUCCUUCAGGAUGGACCUCGUUUAUCUACACACUGGCAGGAUCUGUCUGUGUUGGUGAGUUUCCUCUCUUUAGUUUCUGUUGAACAGUUUUCUAUUAG